CCAUUACCCAAGAUGAACAGCAGCGGACCAACCUAUCCCCUUGCCUCUUUGUAUGUCGGGGAUCUCACCCUGAUGUUACAGAGGCCAUGCUGUACCAGAAAUUCUCACCUGCUGGACCUAUCAUGUCAAUUCGUGUGUGCCGUGACAUCAUCACCCGCAGAUCCCUGGGAUAUUCCUACAUUAACUUCCAACAACCACAGAUGCUGAGUGCGCCCUCGAUACAAUGAACUACGACGUUAUCAAAGGCCGGCCUAUCCGGAUAAUGUGGUCCCAGCGCGACCCGGGGCUCAGGAAGUCUGGUGUGGGAAACAUCUUUAUCAAGAACAUGGAUGAGUCCAUUGACAACAAGGCGCUGUAUGACACCUUCUCAGCAUUUGGCAAUAUCUUGUCCUGCAAGGUGGUUUGUGAUGAAAAAGGAUCCAAAGGCUACGGCUUUGUCCACUUUGAGACUCACGAGGCUGCGAAACGAGCCAUCGACACCAUGAACGGGAUGCUGCUGAAUGACAGGAAAGUUUUUGUUGGCCACUUCAAGUCCCGCAAGGAAAGAGAGCUGGAGUUUGGCAGCAAAGCUAUGAAAUUCACCAAUGUCUACAUCAAAAACUUUGGCGAGGACUACUCUGAUGAGAAACUCAAAGAAGUCUUUUCUGCAUUUGGGAAGACUCUCAGUGUGCGCGUGAUGAGGGACGAGAGGGGGCGUUCAAAGGGGUUUGGCUUUGUAAACUAUGCUAACCAUGAGGAUGCUCAGAAGGCAGUUGAUGAAAUGAAUGGAAAGGAUCUGAGUGGGAAAAUCCUCUUCGUGGGUCGGGCUCAGAAGCGUCUGGAGCGCCAAGGAGAGCUCAAGCGAAAGUUUGACCAGAUCAAACAGGACCGCAUCCAGCGCUAUCAGGGGGUGAAUCUGUAUGUGAAGAACUUGGAUGAUGGCAUAGAUGAUGAGAGACUGCGGAAAGAGUUCACCCCAUACGGCACAAUCACCAGUGCCAAGGUCAUGACUGAUGGCUCCCAGAGCAAAGGCUUUGGCUUCGUCUGCUUCUCUUCACCUGAGGAAGCCACUAAAGCGGUCACUGAAAUGAACGGGCGGAUUGUUGCCACCAAGCCGCUGUACGUGGCUCUGGCUCAGAGGAGGGAGGAACGGAAGGCCAUCCUGACCAACAAAUACAUGCAAAGACUCGCUUCUUUGAGAACCAUGACCAGUCCCAUCAUUGACUCGUACCACCAGGCUGGAUACUACAUGACCGUACCACAGCCUCCUGCUCGCUCAUUCUACAACCACAACGCUGUCAGCAACAUGAGACAAGUACCUCGAUGGACCGGACAACCACCCAGAGCGCAGGGCCCUUACCCAGCUCAGUAUGUCGGCGGUUCUGCUCCCCGUCGGGGACCAGCCCCCAUCGCCACCGUCAGACAGGCUUCCACUCAGGCUCCUCGCGUCAUGAGCUCUUCACAAAAGACAAACAACAUUGGUACUCAGACUGUUGGAGGGCGUACUGACGUGCCUGGUGGGACCAGAAGCGGCCAGUACAAGUACUCGCCUGCAGUGAGAAACGCCCAGCAGGUUGUUACUGUGCCUAUACCCAUGACCAGAAUACAGGCUGUUCCUCCUCCUGUGAUGGAGCAGCAGAUUCAUUUUCAAGGCCAAGAGCCGCUCACCGCCUCACUGCUGGCUGCAGCUCCGCUCAUGGAUCAGAAACAGCUUCUUGGGGAGCGUUUGUACCCGGUGAUCCAUAACCUUCACCCAAACCUGGCAGGAAAAAUCACCGGGAUGCUGCUGGAGAUCGACAACUCUGAACUGCUGCACAUGCUGGAGUCGCCAGAGUCCCUUCACGCUAAGGUGGAUGAGGCGAUUGCUGUCCUGCAGGCUCACCAGGUGCAGGGUUCCUCUCCCAAGAAGUGAAGAGCCCUUUAAGAUAUCUGCGACUCUCUGGAGGAUAAAAAAGGGGAAAGAGAGAUACAUUUUGGAUUAAAAAAAUGAAAAAGAUUUUCAAAGUGACAGAAAAGAGAUUUGUGAAGUUAAACUAUUUUGUUGUUCUAAUCUGUUUUGUUUGAAGAUAAAGUUUACAGUAUAUGCAUCAAA